UUGUACUCUUCACGUACGCGUUUUACUCCUCUCCAGUCUUACAUUGUUGCCUUCCUCAACUCCUCCAUCAAAAAAAUUAUAAAGAGAUCCGAGGAGUUUGGGAAACCCUAACCCUAAACACAAUCCACAGCCCGCUAUCUAAACUUCCCACUUCGUCGAACUCUCACUGCCGCUUUCAGUUAUGGCUGCUGUGGCACCGGAAGGAUCCCAAUUUGAUGCUCGUCAGUAUGAUGCUAAAAUGAGUGAGUUACUUGGAGCUGAUGGGCAAGAAUUCUUCACAUCAUAUGAUGAGGUUCAUGAGAGCUUUGAUGCUAUGGGAUUGCAGGAGAACCUUCUUAGGGGCAUUUAUGCAUAUGGUUUUGAGAAGCCCUCUGCAAUUCAGCAAAGGGGAAUUGUUCCUUUCUGCAAGGGACUUGAUGUGAUUCAACAGGCACAGUCUGGAACUGGAAAAACUGCGACUUUCUGCUCUGGAAUUCUGCAGCAGCUUGAUUAUGCCUUACCUGAUUGCCAGGCAUUGGUUCUUGCACCCACACGAGAACUUGCUCAACAGAUUGAGAAGGUUAUGCGAGCACUGGGGGACUAUCUUGGUGUCAAGGUUCAUGCUUGUGUUGGCGGGACCAGUGUUCGUGAAGAUCAACGCAUUCUCUCCAGUGGGGUCCAUGUCGUUGUUGGUACACCUGGUCGUGUAUUUGACAUGUUACGGAGACAGUCUCUUCGUCCAGAUUACAUUAAGAUGUUUGUCUUAGAUGAAGCAGAUGAAAUGCUUUCACGAGGUUUCAAGGAUCAGAUCUAUGACAUUUUCCAGCUGCUGCCAUCGAAAAUUCAGGUGGGGGUUUUCUCUGCUACAAUGCCACCGGAGGCCCUUGACAUCACUAGGAAGUUCAUGAAUAAACCUGUGAGGAUUUUGGUGAAACGUGAUGAGCUCACACUUGAGGGUAUCAAGCAAUUCCAUGUCAAUGUUGAUAAAGAGGAAUGGAAACUUGAGACACUUUGUGAUCUUUAUGAGACCUUGGCAAUUACUCAGAGUGUCAUCUUUGUGAACACCAGGCGCAAAGUUGAUUGGCUUACUGACAAGAUGCGCAGCCGCGAUCACACAGUCUCUGCCACCCAUGGAGACAUGGACCAAAACACAAGAGACAUUAUCAUGAGAGAGUUUCGGUCUGGUUCUUCUCGUGUGCUCAUAACAACUGAUCUCUUGGCCCGUGGUAUUGAUGUCCAGCAGGUCUCUUUAGUGAUUAAUUUUGAUCUUCCAACACAACCGGAAAACUACCUCCACCGCAUUGGUCGUAGUGGUCGUUUCGGGAGGAAGGGUGUUGCUAUCAAUUUUGUGACCAAGGAUGACGAAAGGAUGUUGUUUGACAUCCAGAAGUUUUAUAAUGUUGUGAUUGAGGAGCUGCCGGCAAAUGUUGCUGAUCUGCUUUAAAUAAGGUUUUGCUUUGGUGCGGUAAUUGGCUUCUAAUUUGGAAGCCAUAUUUAUUUUCUUCCUUGUAGGUGUAGGGGGCCAUUAUUUAGCAUGGAUCACUUGAAUCUGGGGUAUGGACCUGUGCAUAAGAGACGGGCUUCCAUUCCCAUUUUUCAGGUGUGCAAAAACCACAUGAAAAUUUUGUUGCAUUUCUUGUAUUUCUAGUAUGUGAGACAACUUGCAGCAGUAACUGUGUUUGGAUUGAUUUGUUUUAAGUUUGGUUCUGAGAUGGAAUAUUAUGUUUGGAGUCAUGGAAGUU